ACGGUUAAGAUUUAGUCUCCGUCAUCAUUCGUUAGUCACCCCAGCUAAUCAUCACUGCUACCCGCACAAGCUAAGCCAACGUAAGAAAGAAAAAUGAAUUCGAAUUAUAGACUUUCUAGUUCAGAUUACUCUGAUUCGGACACUGAAAACGAAUUCGAUAUUUGUUGUGCGGGAGGAUCGUGCUCACGAGGUUCUGGCGCAUGCUCAAGAGAAUCAGGCCCAUGUGCACUGUUGACAGGCUCUAGUGGCCUGCCGUUCGAUCCUACAUCAAUCGAAAACGUUAUUUUGUCCAUCAGCGACCAAUUCAAUUUUCGGGUUCUUCUAAACGAUAGCAGAGCACAGAAGGCGGUUCUCAUAACUGCUGGGCUAACGUUGGCUGGCAGUCUAAUUGGCAAGCAUUAUGGAGGAAAAGCUGGUGCGGCUGUGGGUGGUGCGAUCGGCGGAGUUUGCGGGCUCGGAGUUGUUGUUGUAUCAAUGCGCGAUAUUUGGCAAGAUGUAAAAGGAAAGCUAUGGGAAUUGUUUGAUAUAGUAUACGAUUACCUAGCUGGACUGGGUAUCGAGGAUUAUGAAAUGGCUGCCAAGUUCCUAGUCCAAAACAGUGGCCAGAGCUCGCAACUAGCCAUGGUUAUUUUGCAGUACACUUCAAGUGCCCUUGGAAAAAAAAUAUUAUCCACGUUAACUGCUUUAUGAAGACAUUUAUUUUCAUGUACCUAUGACGAAAGUUUGACCAAUUUUUACUUUUAAAUUUACAGACAA